AUGGAUCAUUCGGGGCGCGCGGCGCACAACGACCCCAUCGUGCGCCAGGUCGGCUUCUUCGCGCCCUCCGCCGCACCCCCCGCCGGCCAAUCUGCCGCGCCCUCCGCAACCCCCGCCGACGGAGACGGGCUGCCGCCGCUGCCAUUCCUCGCGUCCGCGUCGCCGUCGCCGCCUUUCGUGCCGUCAGUCCCUCCGAUUCCGUCGCUGCCAAUCAACGUGCCACUGCCGUCGUAUCAGCGCCCCUCGCCCAUCGCGGAGGGCAGCGAGUGCUCCGAAAGUCUCCCGCCCGACGAUUCCUACCUAUCGUCGUCCGCCACGUCAGCGGCCCCGUCCGGCGCGGUGUUCGGUUCCGUGUCUGACGUCAGCGGGCCAAUCCUCUCUGUUUCCGCCGCCACUGUCGCCCGCGCGGGUGCGGCGGCGGCGCAGCAGGAAGCGGCGGAUGGCGCAAAACCCAGCCGGGAAAAGCAGGCGGGCGCGCCAGGGCGGGGGGCGGCCGCCGCGGGGGGAGGGGCGGGCGGAUCAGCGGGGGCGGCGGGAGGGGCAGUGGCCGCGGGGAGGUCGCCGGCGGACAGCAGCAGCAGCGCGGGGGGGAGUCCGCGCAGCGCGGGGAGCCUUGGCGUGCGGGGCGCCGCCAAAGCCGCCUCCGCUGUGGUGCCCGCGUCCCUGCCCACGGUGAUGGACGGGAGGGCGGGCGGCAAGAAGGUGACGUCAAAGGCGGAGAGGCGCGCCCUGCAGGAGGCUCAGCGCGCUGCCAAGGCCGCCGCUGCUGGUGGUGCUGCUGGCGGUGGCGGUAAAGCCCAUGCCAUGACCUGUCACCAGUCCCUCGCUUCCCUCUGCCUGUACGACCGUGCAGGUGGAAAGGGCGCAGGAGGUGCAGGCGGAGGAGGGGGCAAGGGUGGGAAGGGGAAGGAGGGCGGGCAGCAGGGCGGAGGGAGGAGGGCAAGCGGGGAAUCCGCUGCAGUGUCUGCUGCAGGGACGGGGGUAGGGGACGUGGAGGGGGGUGGGCGGAGCAGCAGUGGGAGCGUGGCUGGCGCACAGAAAGGGGGAGGGGCCGGGGGGAAGGGAGGGGGAGGGCGGGGAGGGGAGGACGGGCAGCACAAGUCCAGCUCACUCCGCGGGGGGUGGCAGCAGCUGAUGGCUGACGUGGCAGCGGUGGAUUCGUCGCUGCGAGUGGAUCUGUUCCGGCACCUGCCGCAGUUUGACCGGGCGGCGCAGAUUGCUCUGGUGGAGGCGCGGCUGCUGGACGAGGAGGACUCCCCCCUCUCCGUGCACCCCGCCGUCUAUGAGGUGGGGAUGCGGUUCCUACAGCAGGAGCAGCGCCUGCAGGGCGGCAACGAGCGCUGCCUGGCCAUGCUGCACGCGCUGCGCCGCCUCUUCCUCGACCACCGCGUGCCGGACAACCGGCCCCCCAUCCGCGACCUCACAGCGCGCCUCAACGCGCACGUCGCCUUCCUCAUCGCGUGCCGCCCUCUCUCAGUGGGCAUGGGCAACGCAGUGCGCGCGCUGAAGCAGUGCCUCACGCGCAUGGGCGCGGACCCGGGCGUGCAGGAGGGCGCGGCGCGCGCGGCGGUGGUGGCGGAGAUCGACCGGUUUGUGGCGGAGAAGCUGGUGUUCGCCGGGCAGGAGGUGGUGCGCCAUGCUGCAGGGAAGAUCCGAAAGGAGGGCGAUGUCAUUCUCACCUUUGGAUGGUCCGAGCUCGUGCUGGAGGUGCUGCUGUCGGCAGCGCGAGCAGGGCACAGGUUCAGAGCCAUAGUGGUGGACUCACGGCCGCACCUGGAGGGCAAGGAAAUGGUGCGCCGCCUGCUCACGGGCGGCAUCUCUUGUCUCUAUCUGCGGCUCAACGCCGCAUCGUACAUCAUGAAGGAUGUGACACGUGUGUUCCUGGGGGCAGCAGCAGUACUGGCGAACGGAGCAGCGUAUGCGAGGGUGGGGACGGCAGCGGUGGCGAUGAUGGCGCAUGCACAGCGCGUGCCGGUGCUGGUGUGCUGCGAGUCCAGCAAGUUCCAUGAGCGCGUGCAGCUCGACUCCAUCACCCACAACGAGAUCGGCGAUCCACAAGUGCUUAUCAGCACGGGCGUGUCACCGCUCUCGCCAACAUCACCGCUGCCAUCGGAACCGUCCGACACAUCAGAGGCGGCGGAGGCGGCACCGCUGCAGCACUGGCAGAGCACGGCCAACCUGCGCCCCCUCAACAUCCAGUUUGACCUCACACCAGCGGACUACAUCACGGGCAUUGUCACCGAGAUUGGCGUGGUGCCCACAUCCAGCGUGCCUGUCAUCCUGAGAGAGUGUCGCAACCAGCCCUUCUAG